UCCGGGGAGACCAGAUAUAGUGAAUGCAGGGUCCGGGGAGACCAGAUAUAGUGAAUGCAGGGUCCAGGGAGACCAGAUAUAGUGAAUGCGGGGUCCUGGGAGACCAGAUAUAGUGAAUGCAGGGUCCGGGGAGACCAGAUAUAGUGAAUGCAGGGUCCAGGGAGACCAGAUAUAGUGAAUGCGGGGUCGGGGAGACCAGAUAUAGUGAAUGCAGGGUCCGGGGAGACCAGAUAUAGUGAAUGCAGGAUAUAGUGAAUGCAGGGUCCGGGGAGACCAGAUAUAGUGA